AUGAGAUACCUCGCCCUCCACGCCGCCGCCGCAAGCCUCUCGUGUGCCCUCUUGGUCACCGCGCAGGAAAUGUCCUACACAACAUCCAUCGUGACAGCCUGCUUCGACAAGGACGCGGGCAUGCCCACGCCUGGCCCAGGAGGCCCUGUCCCCGGCCGUGAUUGUCUCAUCGACGUCCCUGGCUGCGGCGAGUGCGACUGCAACUCGUGCGCGCACACGGCCACCUACACGACACAAUAUCCUGCCUUCUGCUCCACUGGCCUCGCCGACGUUGUCUACACCGUCACGGAGAUCCGCUCGGGCAUGAAGGAGGCCCCACGCGUCACUGACCGCCCCGGCGUCCCAGAGGGCUUCACCACCGCCGUCGAGACGUGCACCGUCGGCGGCGACGAGCCGCUCACCAAGACAAUGACCUAUCCCAUCGACGGGGCACCCUACGUCCCCGUCGAGACGGUCCUGGCGGAACACCUCGAUGUGUCCACGGGGCGGAACCCCGCGGAAACGGGCACUGCGGCGGCAGAUGGCAAGCAGGGGGGCGAUUCAGGGAUCCUCGUGGGCGCUGCCCCGGUACGCAUCAUCCGAGACAUUCUUCUGGCCGCCUUUGGCCUCGUCUUUGCUCUGUAG